UCAAGAUAGGGGGCGCUAAUGAGACCAUUGGGACGCGGAGCAGCAGCAGAAAAAGAAGCAGCUUCCGAUUAAAAACGGAAACAGCCGAGGCGCCAAAAUCAAAAGACGCUUGUCUGAAAAUGGACCCUACGACGCAGUUCUUUACCAAGCUGAGAAAGCUGGCGGUCACUCUAGAGUCAGACACUGCCAAGAUUCAGCACUCGUUUGAAAACCGUAACAACAACGACGGUGACGCCAAAACCACUGCGAAAGCGAUGCGAGCGUACCACGAACUGAACUGUGAAGUCGGCGAUCUAAAGGGGCAGAUCCAGGAUCAGUUGGCUCAGCAGAAAGCACAGGAGAAAGAGGUGAGCCGCUUUAUUAAGGCCUGCAGAGUGAUGGAGCAGAGGGUCACUAAAGACAUCCAGAUUCUGAAGGGACACUGGGAAAAAUAUGGUUACCAAGCUCCCAGAGAAAUCCAGAGACCAACCAGUGAGCUGAAGGAUGAAGUAGCAGAUGAGAAUGAGUCAGCAGGAGAGGAAGAGGGAGACCAGGAGGAGGCUGGAGAUAAUAACUCCCCAUCAUCUGUGAUCGGGGGACUGCCGCCCUUUACUGACGUGAUGCGAACCCCGAAGCUCUCCGACUUCGGUCUGUCUGAGAUGCAGCUGAAGAGAGCUCUGGCUGGGGCAGAGUGGUGCUCUGAAGUCCCCCCCAUGCCUGAGAUGAGCCUCCCACACCCCUCGCUCAGCACGCCUGCACCACCCAACAUGCCCUUAACUCCCAAAUGUGCCCUGCGAAUGGAUGAUGACGAGCUCCAGACGCCUCAGAUGCAGGAUUUUGGCAUCUCUGAGCACACCAUGUGUCUGAACAACGACUUCACCAUGGAUCUGUUCCGGAAGAACAUUGAAAAGCCCCAAAGAUCGCCACUAGACAAAGCUGUGCCACCGGUGAAUUCUCUGAGUGAGCGUUUGAAGACAAAAGCAGAGGACUUGGAGUCCCCCGAACCACCAGUGUUGUGCACCCCGGGGCUCAAGAUCAAAAAGACAAAGGGUCACUCCUCCCCACCCACGCAAGGCAGCGGUGACCCAGAAUCCCCUGGUUGCACCAGACACCUGCCUACCACUCCUGAGGUUCCAGUGUUUCAAACCCCAUUCGUAAAUCAACUUCUCAGCACUAAAAAGAGUGCACAGCAGCCUGAGCCUGUGGACAUGCAAGCUGACGAUGACGGCCACACCUUCAUGCUUCCAACACCUACUCAUAACGGAGCAACCGGCUCCAAACGUGCCUGGGAGUAUGACGUGCCAGAGAUAUCCAUCAUGGGUCUGGAGGACAAGCAGAUGCCAGAGAUGCCAAACCUGGAGUCUGUUUUGGGAAAAUCUCUACAGAGUAGAAGUGCGAAAAUCCCAAAGAAGACUAGUGAGCAUGAAAAGGUGAGCAAGGACCCCACGGUCAACAGUCUGGAGCUGGACGGACCCACACAGGAGUUCAGCUUGGGGACACCUCGCACCAGGAUGGACUACCAAGAGCCCAGCACCCCGGAGAUGCCAGACCUCAGCUCUGUUACACAGGACAUCUGUAAACUUGUGUCCCAGGCUCAGCUGAAAAAGACUGAUGGAGCAGUGGUCCGUCCAACUGUCAGGCCUGAAAAAGAUAAAAACAGCGCUGCAAGUCUGCCUGUGGUAUCAGAGGGUGAGUUCCAGAGUUUACCCAGCUACCUGAGGCAGAUGACCCUGCACAGCCUCAACCAGGCAGUUCACAGCAUCAACAAAUUCACAGCAGAGUUUCAAGGAGAGAAGACAGAACUACAGAUGGAGGAGUUGAGGAGGAUUACCAAUGUUGGAGCCAGGACCCCCGUUUACAUUCUCUGUCUCACCGAGCUCAAGAGGCUAGAGCAUGUACGAGGAGCCAGGAACACCUCUGUGUACAAACUGAAAACACACAACUAAAGGUUGCUUGGAUAUGUUACACGUUGUCUGAGUGGGAGCCAAAAUCUGGUCUUAUCUAGACUCAAGUAUGCCUAUAUAUUAAUUUACAGAGAUGCUGGUCUCUGGCUGUCUCUGAUGCUGAACUGUACAAGAA